AUGCCCACACAGCGUGUUGGCUCUGAUGGGAGAGACAAAGUGCGAAGAGCGGAGGAUUGGCGUCAAUCUGGCGCGAACAGCACGGUCAGUGUGCCAGACACCCCUGCAUAUCAUGGUAUUGAUGCGUUUGUGCAUGUGGCCCGGGCGCUUUCCGCAGAGUGUGCCCCGGGGGAUCUGCGUGUUUGGGGCCUUGACCACGAGGCUGCCUACAGACAGCUGCCUGUAGCUAAUCCUGAUCAUACUUUUGUCAUCCUGAACACGCCCAGCGGGCCAACCUUGUGGCGCCACAACGUCUUGAUGUUUGGCAGCACGGCAAGCGUAUGGGGGUACUGUAGAGUUGCUGACCUCAUGUCUUGGUUGGACAGGUGCCUUCUGCUGAUACCAAUGCUCCACUUUGUAGAUGACUUUGGCGGGGUGGAUAGCAGCAACCUAGCGCAGAGUGCCUUCGAAUGCUCACAGCGUGUUUGCGGUGCUUUAGGCCUGAAGUUCAAGCUCAGCAAGGCUCAGCCGCCAAAGCGUGCGCACAAGUUGCAGGGUGUCUACUUGCAGUUGGGGGAGACAGAAGCCACAGUGGCCAUGACACCAGAACGCGCCCAACGCCUUGACAACCAGCUCAAGCAGGUGAUCUUGGACAACAAGCUGUCGCCCAAGGAGGCCUCAUCGCUGGCUGGCAAGCUCCAAUUCGUCACACAAUCCUUGUUUGGGAGAGCAAGCGCUGCAGCAUUGCGGCCGUUGUAUCGGCGGGCGCACUCCGCCCACUUCCGCUCCAGCAAAGGUGGCUGGCAGCUGAGCGAGAGCAUCAUGGCGGCGCUGGACUUCCUCCGUCGUCGUCUACGUGAGAGCAAGCCUCGAGUGGUGCGCUACGUGGUCGAGGAGAGAGCGAUAAUCUAUGCAGAUGCGUUCUUUGAAAUUGGCGGGAGGAGAUAUCGCCCUGCGGAAGCUGAGGAAAUACCGUGCUGGGGCAGAACAGCGCCAGCGUCGUUCAUCAAUGGAUGGGGGUUUGUGGCGUGUGUCAGCGGCAAGACAGUGUUUGCGGAGUUGCCGUCCCACCAGCUGCUCUUUGUUGAUAAUGAGCCGGCGAGGCAUGCGCUCACCAAGGGCUUCACCAACGAUGCUAACAUGAACAAGCUCCUGCAG